AUGCACCAGAUUUACAGCUGCAGCGACGAAAAUUUAGAAGUUUUCACCACUGUGAUUUCAUCCAAAUCAUGUAGUCCUGCCCGAAGACGAGCCAAAAGUACACAUCACGUCCUAACAAAGAGUGUGGUAGCCAUAGCUGAUCAUCGGCUUCAUAGGACGGAGAAGCUGCAGGCCCACCAGGGUGACCUCCUCCAGGUACUGUACAGCGAAGAGGAGAUGCGGGGCUUGGGCCACCUGCAGAGCGGGCAGCAGAGACCCUGCCCUGCCAAGUGUGCUGCCCAGCAUGGAGGUGACCAAGCUGGGUUUUUUAAAACACUUGUGCAGAUGAUGACCACAGUGAUCGGCAAUACAGAUGAGCCUGUGAAAAUAUUAAUAGUUCUGUCCUCAGAGGAUUCACUGGUGGGGAAAUUCCCACCAUCGCCAGUUACCCGUAUCACAGUGAAAGCGGCAGCUGCCCCAGACUUGCCCACAGGGGCAGGCACUCCUACAGAGGAUCACAGGAAGCGCUGGAGGAAGAUGGCAGAGUACGACCUGGCCCUGCCACCAGGAGCUGAAGCUUCUCUACCCCUGACGGGGGGCAGCCUGUGUGGUACACCCAGCCUCCUGAGGAAGAUGUGGAUGAAGAACAAGAAGAAGUCAGAGUACCUGGGGGCAACAAACAGUGCCUUUGAGGCGGACUGA